GCAAUAGUGCACUAUUCCGGAAGUAGAAGAAGCAGACGACACAAACUGCAUGCACGGAAGCAGGCAAGCUACAAACCUUUCGGAUUUUUCCAACUUUGGAGCUUUACACUGGACUAUCUAUGGCGUUCAGUACAAGAAGAUACAGUGAGAACAUGUCUAGAAGUGCCAAAUAACCCCUGUGUCUUAUUUGAUAACGACAAGGGACUUUCUUUCAUGUUUUCAACCUUGCAUGGUCAUGAUUUCAAAGUUGACAAUAUUGAGAAUUAAUCUAUUCAGAUACUGUGAGUUGUGAGAACUCUAAAACAUCAUGAUACGCACCAGUAUUGCAUCCAUCUUCUUGAAAAGAUUUGAGAAGAAUCAAAGCGUCCUAUCAUCUUCACAAACAUUAAGACAUCUGCAUAAGUCUGUGCCAUGUCUCAAGAAAGCCCCAAAGAACCUUAAGGGGAAGAGCGCAAGUUCUCAGAGGUGGAUGGUGCGUCAGCUGAGCGAUCCUUACGUACAGAAGGCAGCGGUGGACAACUUUAGAUGUAGGAGCGCGUAUAAGCUCAUCGAAAUGGACGACAAGUUCAGGUUCCUGAAGCCAGGCCUGGCAGUGGUGGACUGUGGUGCCUGUCCUGGCUCAUGGACACAAGUAGCUGUAAACAGAGUCAAUGCUGCUGAAGGGUUUCCAAGAGGCAUGGUGGUUGGAGUGGACCUGCAGCACAUGUCACCCAUCCCGGGGGCCAAGCUUCUGUCCAACUGUGACUUUACUCUGGAGGAAACACAGGAACACAUUCGGAAACACCUCCCCAACGGGAAGGCGGACGUCGUCCUCAGCGACAUGGCGCCAAACGCUACCGGACUUGCCUCUCUAGACCACGACCAGAUCGUGUCACUUCAACUCAGUGCCUUCAAGUUCUCAAAAGUCGUUUUGCGAGAGGACGGGGUGUUUGUGUGUAAACUGUGGGACGGAAGCCAUUGUAAGAAGUUUCAGAGCGUUGUGGGUGACGUCUUUAAGUUUGUGAAGGUUGUGAAGCCGCAGUCUUCAAGGAGCAACUCAGCAGAACUCUUCGUCUUUGCCAGAGGGUAUAAGAAGAUAAGACAGGACAGUUGAUUGGUGCAGAUGUGAAGUGAUGUCAGAGGCUAUAAGAAGAUAAGACAAGACAGUUGAUUGGUGCACAUGUGAAGUGAUGUCAGAGGCUGUAAGAAGAUAAAACAGGCCUGUUGAUUGGUGCAGAUGCUGAGUGAUGUAGGCAUCUGAAUGAAGGAAUGAAUAAAUAAAUGGUGUA